UUCAAGCUCGAUCAAAAUUAAUCGAUACGAUUGGCUACACUGACGAUUAUUCUUUCGACUGUUAGGAACUUUCGUUAGGUUUGGUUGCUUGUUUCAAGGACAACAACUUGUCAAAACUGUUCCUAGGCACUUGUGUGUGUUUGGGUUAAUAAUAAACACAAACAACAUCAAUAUGUAAUCUGACUUAUUUCUGGAAAUUGAACAGUAAAUUUUAUUAAUUUUUCACAUUCGUUGAUUGUAAAUGUGAAGUCAAAUUGUUCGCAUAUACAUUACAAUGAAUAAUCGCAUCUGAAAAUACUGUACAUUUUUAUACUUGCCAAAGAAGACAAAAGCUUAUUUAUAAAAUUGAACAUGGUAGAUAUAAAAAGUAAUCCUCCCAAUAUUGGAGAAAAUGAUAUUCACUAUGAGUCAAGGAUACGAGCAAACAGUUCAGGCACGGGAACAUCUACACCCUCAUCAUCAUCUGACUACAUGACUGGCGAAGCAGAUGAUAGCUCUGAUAGCAAGGGAACUAUUCCUUUUAGCUUGAAGUCGGUGGAAACUGUACUUUCAUUAUCCAAGGAUGCCUCUCAGGAAGAUCUUCAAGAAAUGGUACGCAAGUGCAAAUUGAUGGUGUUGGAAAGCGCCGAGUGUUCGGACGAGCGAAAGUGGCUCGUCCGACGACUGAUCGAGUUACGUUUGCGCGCUCAAGAAUUGCGUGAAACCUCGGAUCAGAAUCUCUUUGAGACUCAAGUAAUCCUAGGACAUCACUUUGUACCGCAGAAGUACUACAUUACCACGUCCAGUUCGGUUUAUUGUGACCACUGUAGCGGCGCGAUCUGGACAAUGCUGCAGUCGUGGUACAUGUGCAGCGAUUGUAAAUUUAGCUGCCACUGGAAAUGCCUGAGCAACGUGUGUCGCGUGUGUGUACACGUGAUCGCGAGCGAGGCCGGCGGUUACACUCACACAAAGGAAAUCUGUCCGGAACAGGGUCUCUCGAAACAAAACUAUCGUUGCGCAGAAUGUAAAGUGCGAUUAACGUUCACUUUCUCCAAAGGAUUAUCACUAUCCUGCUUCGGCAAUUCGUUUAAGAACGCAGAAUCGGCGUGGGUGGAGCCACGACUCUGCGACUACAGCGGCUUGUAUUACUGUCAGAGGUGCCAUUGGAACACAGCCAUGGUCAUUCCCGCGAGGGUGAUCAGGAACUGGGACAUGGAGCCGCGUCUGGUGUCCCGCGCCGCGGCGCAGCUUUUGAUGCUUCUCGAAGAUCGUUCUGUGUUACCGCUAGAGGAAUUGAAUCCGAAACUCUUUACUCUGGUCCCAGAUUUAUCGCUCGUGAAGCGGAUACGAGAAGAGAUGCAGAUGAUGAAAAGAUACUUAGUCCUGUGCGUGGAAGCUUGCGCUCAGGGAAUGCCGUGGAAAAUCGGACUGCGCACGCACAUGAUCGAGAACUCCGGCAAUUACUCCAUAAAAGAUCUUAUUGAUCUUCAAAGUGGCGCUUUGCUGGACGAGCUUCGUGUCGCGUACGAUACAAUGCACGCGCACAUUACGAAACAAUGUGAACUCUGCAAGGCAAGAGGACACUUGUGCGAGAUAUGCGGCAACGACGAGAUCAUUUAUCCUUGGGACGCAAGCUCGGUAAUUUGUCAACAAUGCUUGGCGGUGCAUCAUCGCGUUUGCUGGGCCAAGCGCAAUCACUGUUGCCCGCGAUGCGCGCGUCUGCAAAAACGUCGCGCUCUUGAGGAACAGGUGACGGCGGUGGUUACGCAAGAUAGCGGGAAUUGUGAUACGGACGAUACCGCGAGAGAAUCGUGAAUCGCAACGCGAGUCUGCAUGCGAAAUAUCAUUAAAUCUUUUGUGUAAAAUCAUGUUGUUACAAUUCGUAUUUUGUACCUGUUGUUAUUUUUUUAAACGGAUCCGAAAGAUUUUUUAGGCUGUCUACGCUUGUACAUUGCUCAUUGGUUGUAAAUAGCGCCUAUUUUAAUACGAAUUUACACCUGUUGUGUGGUGACUUUCAAAUUGGACACUCCGGUCUCUAAUCGGUGAUAUUUAUCUGUAAUAUAAACAUGCACGUAUUAUUGUUUAAUUAACAGUCAAAACGAGUUUCGCAGAGUAGAAAAUAUUUUUUUUUUACGCGCACACAGCGUGAGUUGUGCUUUUUUAAUUAUAGCUGCGGAUUGUGCGUUAAUUAGGACGUCCAUUUUCAUAUGUAGUCUUUGCAUGGUUCUUCUGCGUGGAAUGUUGGCAGAUAAAUCUGCGAAUUAGUCGCGACAAGUUGUUUUCGUUUGUUGAUACAUAUGUUUACAUAUUUAAAAAUGAACACCAUGAAGCAGUGUAGAAUACUUAAACAUUUAGAAUAGCGAAAUUCAAAACCAAAUAAUAUAUAAGCAAAGAAAGACACAAGUGAAGAUAAAUAAAGUCAA